AUGCCAGUCCGACUGACUGCGGCGCAAAAAGAGGUCCUCGCCCUCUACAGGAAGGGGUUACGGUGUAUCCGUACCAAGCCAGUCGAAACGCGGUACAACUUCACCCUGUACCUGCGUCACUUUUUCCGGCAUCCAGAUAUGGGCGGCGGCCUGACGCGCCGCGACAUCUCGGCCAUCGAGUACAUGAUGCGCCGCGGCCGUCGUCUCGUCGAGGACACCUUUGAACCGCCGGGCAUCCGCGACGUCAGCCUGCCCAGCCCGACGCGGCAGCAGAUGCACGACCUCGGUCUCGCGGCUUGGUGGAAGGGUAGACCCCGCUCCUGA